AGUCUUGUCUGUCAGCGGAUCGCUGCAUUUAAAGGCAGUGCUGUCGCUGAAGGCAACUGUCCAAUGCGAUAGACCCGCCAGCGGAAAAAAUUGUCAUUUUAUGAUGAGGAGGAGAAUCAGCCUCUGAUGUUGGCAGAAGUUUAAAGGGACAGCGGAGGGGAGGAAUAACUGGUGACAUCGGGUGAAGAUUCUACUCACCACAAUCUACGCUGCUCACAAUAACCAUGCCAUACUUCUUUUGCAACUCAGAGGCCGACCAUUGAUUCUGCAUCAGACGAUUGAAAACCAAACAGCCGAGAUCUCUCCACACUGAGGUACUGCCCCCUUGAAGGAGAAUGAGAAGUUUGGAAGAUCUGUUUACGAAGCUUGACUUGCAGCUAAUUUGCGCUCAAUGUUCUGAGAAAACAGACGAGCGCACCGUUGUUCUCAAGAACGUGAACCAUGAAUGCCAGCAUCUCGAACUUGUUGCGAGGAAGGAACAGAGCAGUUGGAAACUAAUCCGGAAGCGAUCUCCUUUCAUUAAUCCAGCAAAAUAUGAAGUUUGUUGGUUCUAUAAGGAAGGUUUUGGCUGCAGGAGACAUGGAAACAACUGCACAUUUGCGUGGAGUAAAGAAGAAGCUAUGGUGUGGAAUUUUGAAAGGGACCAUAAUAUUCAACGAAACAACCUGAAGAAUUUGGUGGCAGGAAGAACAAACAACAAAAAACCACGAGCAAAGAAGCAGACUGUUGAGGAAGAAAUUGUUAACGAAUUUGAAGGACAAUUUCUUGAAAUAUGUGCAGUUUGUUUCGAUAUGAUACCUCAUAAAAUAGUUUCUCAAAGAUCCAAUGACUUUUGUUGCGAGCAACCACAGCAUAAAUGGAGGCCAUUGCUGGUCUAUAACUAUGUGGGCACUAAUGAUAUGGUGAAGUACGAUGAAAUUAAACCUCUCUCAUCACGAGUCACAUUACAGUACUGCGAUAAAAUGAAGCGGGGAUGGUUAUGUGGACAGGUUUCCAGUCAUUGCAGUUUUGCCCAUAGUGAGGUUGAACUGAUGGUGUGGAAAUCAGAGACUCAACGGGGUCUGAUACGUUCCACUCUGGUUCAGGUAUCACAGAAACGGAACUGGAACGGGCAGCCGGGCGAGGCACAGGUCACAGAAAAAAAUGUUCAGUUUUACUGCAAAGUGUGCCUAGUAACCUUUUCUUCCCAGGAUGGAUUUCAGAAUCAUUGCUCUUCCAUAGAACAUUGUCAGAUGGUCUUGACAGAUACUACUGUUGACUGGAAGUAUCGAAAACCACCUCUUAAGAGAAAAUAUUUCCAGUUAUGUUCAAGGAAGGAUAUCUGUGAACUUGGUGACAACUGCGUUUAUGCCCACUCCCGUGAAGAACUUGAAGAAUGGCUAACGCGAUCAAAGGUUGGGCAAAAUCGGAAGAAAGAAGCAGGAAAACAAGGCCUGAUUUCAUUUCGGGACAGAUUACUCGAAGAAUACAGAAACUGUGGGAAUGAAGUACUGAUUAUGUCAGAGAAAGUUGAUGGUGUUACCAUAUCGUGUGAUCGUGACUUAAGAGUACCUCAUUACAGGAAGAAAAUUAAACUGACGUGGAAAUUCAAGAUAGAAUCACAGAGAGCAUUGUUGAAUGUUGCCCUGCUGAAAAGAGAACCUAGUGCCAACUUUUCAUUGGAAGGAGAAGGUUUACAAAAAGACUGUUUUGAUGCAGACGGCAAAAAAUUCCAAUCAUCCGAAUCUUUGUAUUUUAUUGGCGUCUCGUUUCGAGCUGUGAACAUAGGGAUUUAUCAACAAUGGGUGGUUUUUGAUUUUGGUGAUCGACCUCAUCUUGUCCAGAAGAUUUGUAUUGGUGACGAGGAACUUCCUCAAAGCUCCAAUAAUCCAACCAAUGGCUUCCAAUCUGACAAUCUGGAGAGAUGGAACAGUGGAAACAGAAGGAUAAUCCCUUGCGUGGAAAGAAAUGAACAUGAGCGUCAUGUGUUGCAGACCUAUAAGUCACCCGCUCUCUCACUGGAAGGUAACACCACGGAUAUGGCAAAGGUUCCAAUAAGCUGUGCAAAUUACAGGAAAAGUAUGCACAGUUUCCUGAACCGAGAGGAGCAAGCUGAGGCCAACAUUGUUUCAAGACUCAAUCUGAAGGUGGCCAUUUUGAUCACUGACAAAUUGGAAGACACUGGGGAAGGAAUGAAGAUUGCGCAGUCUGGAGAGCUCUUUGGUGUGCUCCCAACACCCUCUGCACUCACCAAUUCUAAAGAAGGCUAUCUAUUUAAAAGAGCGGUCAAAACUGCACUGUUAGCACUAAAUCCCUCUUCCAACAACGCCGUUUAUGAGGCUGCCAUCAUCCAAGCAGCUACCAGCGAGAGCCGCGUUGCUCUUAACCUCUCGAUGAGAUGCCACACUGAUCUCGGCUUCUCCAAAGGAAACUCGUAUGCAGUGGAGAUCCAGUUUCAGUUGGACCGCCUUGCGUUCUGCUUCAAGCAUCAAGCCGUGGACAAGCUUCCAAACGAGCAGGUGAUUUUCCCCAACUUUGCCAGCUGCUCCAUUCCUCAGCAUCCUGUUGCUAGUCUAGCCGGAAACCGGAAGCAAUGCGAUGCUUUGGCCUUCAUUACUGGGCAACCCUCUGGAAACAGAAGAGUGCCGCCUCUGCUAAUUUACGGCCCGUUUGGAACUGGCAAGACCUUUACCCUGGCAAAAGCAGCAAUGGAAAUAGUCAAGAAGCCAGGUUCCAGGUUGCUUCUGUGUACUGACACAAACAGUGCGGCCGACUUGUACGUCAAGGACUACUUUCAUCAAUUUGUUUCUGAGUUUCCUGACGGAAGACCGCUGCGACUGAAGUACGUCAAGCAGAACCCCAUCCAUACCGACCCGAUCACAAAACAGUACUGUUUGCUUUCCAACAAUGCAUUCACUGUGCCUGAUAGACAUAUAUUGGAGUCGUACCGUAUUGUCAUCACCACCUGCAUGGAGGCAAAGCUGUUCACCGAACUCAAGCUUCCCCUUGGGUUUUUCACACACAUUUUUAUCGACGAGGCCUCUCAAAUGUUGGAAUGCGACGCAAUAAUUCCGCUGGGCAUCGCCGGAGAUAAGACGCGGGUUGUCUUGGCAGGAGAUCACCUGCAGGUGACACCAAGGCUCUUCUCUGUCAAAGACAGGGAGAUGCCAGACUACACGUUACUCAACCGCCUGUUCCAAUACUACAAGAGGGAAGAGCACGAGGUGGCAGGGAAAAGCCGCAUCAUCUUCAACGUAAACUACAGAUCGGUGAAAGAGAUCAUCGACUUUGUGUCGGUGCAUUUUUACGUGAGAGAGGUCGACAUCAUUAAAGCGAGUGGAAACAUUCCACGUCACCCUGAGUUCUAUCCUCUCAUGUUCUGCCACGUCUCAGGGAAGGCCAGUUUCAACUCGUCCAGCUUAUCCUGGUACAAUGAGUGUGAAGUUCUCCAAGUUGUAGAAAAGGUAUUUUCGGUCGUGAAGGGAUGGCCCGUUGAAUGGGGAACACUGGAACUAAAGGAAAUCUGUGUUGUAUCAGCUGAAACAUAUCAGGUUCAGUGCUUGAGGCAGAAACUCAGGUCAUCUCGACUCGCGUCAGUGACUGUAGAGAAUGUCUUCAAUAUUCAAGGAAAGCAGUUCAGAGUGAUGAUCAUCUCGACCGUGCAUAAUUGUGAAAGCAGCAACUCUGCAAAGAGUGCUGGCUUAGAAUUCUUCAGUCAACUUGGCGUUUUGAACACGGCCAUGACGCGAGCCCAAUCUCUCGUGAUAGUCGUGGGAGACGCGGUGGCUCUUUGCUCCGUUGGGAAUUGCAGCAAAAUCUGGAAGAGGUACAUUCAGAAGUCUAUUGACAAAAAAGGCAUUUACCCGGAAGAGCUAUCAAUGGAGCAGAUUAGACAAAACAUUGUUGACAAUGAGUGCUUGACGGCCAAGGAUGAAGAUGACAGUGACAAUGAUUCGGAGAAAGAAAUUGAUCUAAUACUGCAAGAACUUCUUGACGAGAGCAAGAAUAUGGCGUUAUUCGUUACAGAUGAAGGCCUGAUGGAUUUUGCCAAAACUGGGGACAAAAUAGGGAAUGUGAGUUAUAGUGCAUAUGUUCCAUCCCUUCAUAAAAGGUUCUCUGUGCAGUAUGAAGACCAUCCUGUAGAGACCCUGGAAACAUGGUUGUUAAACGAGCCUACAAAAUAUAAGCGAUGUGAAAUAGUUAUGGAAACAUUUCACAAAGGCUACGCCAUUGCUCUGGAUGAUCUUCAGCUUGCUCACAUUCAAAUAGAAGGUCGGGCGAACUUUGGAAAAUCAUUCCCCGGUGAUCAGUGUUUGGUUGAAAUUCUACCCCAGAGCUCAGAGCAAGCUGACAACUCUAAUGUCAAUGGAAAAGUGGUUGGGGUUUUGAGACCAGGUGACCUGCCGAGAAUCUUUGUCUGCAGAAUCGAUGAAUAUGAUCCUCAAGUCAUGAUUCCUAUCAACAAAUGUGUAACAAAAAUCUACACACCAUGGCUUGACAAGGCUAAGAACACCAUCAAUAUUCGCAAACGCAAGAAAGGUAAAUAUGUGACAGAUAACACAUUAAUCCUUACUGAAAAAAUAAGAAAACAUUUCUUCCUCGUUGAAAUACUAUGUUGGCGGGAAAACUUUCACUAUCCAUUGGGAAUUGUAACUGAGAAACUCCCUGCAGCACUGACAAUGGAUCAUGGAAUGAAAAUACUGAACUUGGAGUAUCACGUUCAUGAGAGCUUCCCAGAAGAAGUGAACCUAGAGCUGGAGGCCCACUGCCGAGAACCGGGAAAGGAUCCUGGUGAAGAGCGGUUGGACUGCCGGGAGUACUUAACAUUUACAGUGGAUCCGAAAGAUUCCAGGGAUCUUGACGAUGCUAUUAGUGUGAGAGACUUGGGUGAAUGCUAUGAGAUAGGUGUUCACAUCGCCGACGUCUCCGUGUUUGUGCCAAGUGGGAGUUCCUUGGAUGAAGAGGCCCAGCGGCGUGGAGUGACGUAUUAUUCGCCUACACGUGAUCCAAUUCACAUGCUGCCUCCGAAGCUGAGCCAAGAGCUCUGCACCCUUCUCCCAGGAGAGGAUCGCAAGGUCAUUUCUUUAUUUGUUGAGGUACAAAAAGGUACAGAUCGAGUUGUGAAAGGAAACUUUUCACUUUCCCAUGCCCGAUCAGACAAGAAACUCACCUAUGAAGAAGCGGAGGAGUACAUCAAGGAUUUUAGUGGAAGUGAAUUGAGAUUUGAUACUUUGGAAGAUUCAGUUGCCGUGGCAUUUCACUUUUCCAGAGUUCACAGAAAGUACAGACUGCAAGAUGGUUAUUAUUAUGAUAAGCCUGAUGACCAUAGACAUCUAGGGAACAGGCGGUCCCAUCAAAUGAUCGAAGAACUCAUGAUAAUGAUGAAUAGCUUUGUGGCCGAAUUCCUGACCAACGGGCCGCAAACAAUGAACGUGAUACCAUUAAGAUGUCAGGGCCCCCCUGCUCCUCAUAAGGUUGCCACUCUAAAGCAAAAGCAUAAAAACCUGGUCAACCUUUCCAUUCAUCUCUCGCAUCAUCUGGAGGUCCGACCAAAUUUCCAACCUCCGUCCUGUCCGGAAUUCCAGGUCUUGUCUUCCGUAUGGAACGGUCUGGUGAAAGCGGCAGAGGACAAUGACAUCAACAGGUUGAUAGACUUCAUUGGAACGGAUGACGUCCACCCAAAUCUUGCACCAGUCUCCCUGGAGCUGAGGAGAAUCAUGCUCAAAUCCUUCGUCAUUCGUUCCAACUCAACAUCACUUUCAAAGCAAGGGCAUUAUUCCCUUCACCUUGAAUCUUACACUUGGGCCACGUCACCGAUUCGACGAUAUCCAGACAUUGUUAUCCAACGUCUCCUUACUCAAAUGUUGUGCCAAGGAGAAAUUCCAUACAGCCCGCAGGAAAUUGACAAAUUAUGCAUCGAUUUCAACAGGAAAAAAAGGAGGGCUUCCGAUUAUGAAAAAAGCGCUCAAACUAUUCACUUGGCAACGCAACUUAAGAAUCAAGUCAUGCAGAAGAUGGUAUUUACCUUUAAUGUUGUUCCAUUGUGCAGGCACUUUGGUGUCUUAUUCCCAAUGAGCUCUGAUGCUCUGAAAGUGAUCCAAAGCAUCAACUACAGAACACUUCAGCUGGUGGCCCAACCUACAUACAACGAGGAAACUAAAGUAAUGAUAUUAAAAUGGAGGAAAAGAGUUUACAGUCUAGACACAUCGAGAAAUUCUUUUCUUCCACCUGGGCCGUUCUGUAACCCAUACAUCAAUACGAUUAACAGUAAAACUUGGCAGGAAUUUGUGAAGGCGGUCAGAUUGGAUGAAUAUUCCAAGGCAUCAAUCCUUGUCUUGGAGGAGAGCCAAUGUACCAAAUCUACUGUGGCGCAAGCAAAUUUUGGCAAGAUCGACGCCAGCAAGGGCAGUCCUUCACACCACGUAACCAUUUCUCUGAACGUGAAAAAUGGGAAUGCUUUGCAGUUGCAACUGACUAAAGGAGAAAAGGAUGGUUUCUUGGUGCCAGCCGUGCAGUUGUUUAAUGUAACUCCCAUGUUUGAGAUUUGCGUGGAACAUGCAGAAAAUCCUGUGACCUGCUUUUCGGAGUAUGCUUCAAAGUCGCCCCAAAACACCUACCUGACGAUAGAGGAAUAUCAAGCGAUCUGGUUACCUUUGUGUGCGAUGGAAUCUGUGACCAGCGCUGUGGCUGAAAAUGAAGUAAUCAUCAUUUAUGGUGUUAAGAUAACUUGGGCAAAGAAAUGUAAAACUCUGCUUGGCACUUUCUCUAUUCCCAAAGAAUUUUGUGAGAAGUGGCAGAUUAAAAGUGCCCUGUCUAAGUGUUACUUGUGCAUCCGGUGCAGAGACCUGAAACAAAAUGUGGACAAAUAUCUGACCCAAAACGAAGGGACCCUUCACCGAAGUUUGAAGGGACUGACCAAUUCAGAAAAUUCCCCGGAAGUAAACAUUGACCCAAACCGCUACAUUUGGGUGGCACAUGCAGUGAUAGAAGAAUUUUCUAAUGAUGGUCAAAAACCUGACAGGGAAGCUGACAUUAAGACAAACUUUACCGUGCACCAAAUGCCCAUGGAUACCAUCCCAAAGGAAAUAUAUCAAAAGGAUACAACAUUCGUUGUGGAAGUAAUUCCAAAACAACUUCCUGAAAUACGCAAGGAGCAAGCCAUUAAGAACCUUCCUCGUGCAUCGUCACUUGCUCAGGAUAUCGCACUAGGUCGACGGACAAAUUCUACAAGUGUAAUGAGACCAUGGCAGCGCAGCUACAACAUUCCUAAACUACCAAAUCUCAACCCAAGCCAAGUCACUGCAAUCCGUUCUGCUCUCCAGAAUGCAUUUACACUUAUUCAAGGCCCACCAGGAACAGGGAAAACUAUGGUCGGGGUUCAUAUCGUGUAUUGGUUCCAUCAAAUGAACCAAGAGAACAGUGAACGUACUCUGCUAACUGGAACAGAAGGCCAAAAGGGAAAGUGUAUACUUUACUGUGGACCUUCCAACAAAUCUGUCAAUGUUGUUGCUGAAUACCUCCUGAAACUCAGAGCAGAGGUGAGACCACUCCGUGUUUACAGCGAGCAAGUGGAGAUGGUGGAUUUUCCUUAUCCUGGCAGCAACCUGCAGGUCUCCAAGCAAUCCGUUAGAGAAACAAAACCAAAACCUGAACUUCGACCAAUAACCCUACAUUACAGAAUCCGAGAGACGACAAACCCUUAUGGGGAUGAAAUAAGAGCUUUCGAUGCCAAGUUUAGAAACGGAACAGAAGUGACAGAAGAAGAACUGAAACACUACAAGAAACUGCUUGACGAAGCACGCAAAUAUGAACUUCAAAAUCACGACGUCAUCCUUUGCACGUGCGCCACUUCUUCAGGCUACGGUCUACGGAAAAUAAGAAUGCGUCAGAUCUUGGUCGAUGAGAGCGCCAUGUGCACGGAACCAGAACUGUUAAUCCCGAUAGUUGCGCACAAGCAUGCAGACAAGAUUGUUCUUCUGGGAGACCACAUGCAACUACGCCCCAUCAUAAGCAACGAGUUCUGUAGACGUCUCGGCAUGGAGAAAUCAUUAUUUGAGCGUUAUGAGCGCCAAUUUAAUGUAGGAUUGCUUCUUGAUGUUCAAUACCGGAUGCACGUGGAAAUCUGCCAGUUUCCUUCCGAGCAGUUUUAUGAAGGGAAAUUAAAAACUGAUGACAAUAUUUCACGUCGCCCAAGAAGUGUCCUCAGUCACUCUGGAAAGAACUCUUGCCCGAUAAUCUUUGGACACGUGGAGGGAAAUGAAAUUAGUUUGAUGGUUUCAACAGAAGAGGGAAAUGAGAAUUCCAAAGCAAACAAAACAGAGGCGGAAAGAACUGUGAGCAUUGUGAGGCAGUUAAUGAAUCACAAAAUCAAUCCAAAGGAUAUUGCAGUUUUGACGCCCUACAAUGCCCAGGUGCUGGAGAUAAACAAACUGCUCAGGGCCAAAGGAAUCACAGAGGUCACUGUUUGCACCAUCGUAAAAAGCCAAGGAAGCGAAUGGCGUUAUGUUAUCUUCUCUGUUGUUCGUUCUCUUCCAAUCAAAGACAUUGAACCACAACCUUCAAAAUCCUGGCUGAAGAAAUACCUGGGUUUUGUCAUUGACCCAAACCAAGUGAAUGUUGCACUAACAAGAGCCAAGGAAGGCCUCUGUAUCUUUGGAAAUGAGCAUUUACUGAGCACCAGUUUUCUCUGGAAAGAGCUGCUGGCACAUUAUAGGAGGAAGAGGAGUUUGGUGAAGGCAGAAGACAUUGUUGUGAAGAGCAAUGCUGGCUUAAGAUCCUGACAGGGAACCCAAUAUGUUUCAGAUAUGGUGAGAUGUUAAAAAGUGCACAACUCAGCCUAUCGAUUACUUUACCGACAAGCUUCAUUUUAUUUCUGCAUUACAAGUGAAAGUGAUUCUUCAUUUAAAAGGUUACUCGAUCAUUAUCUUAUGUUAUAUCGGUGCACAUGUGAAGGAACUGAAAUUUAUUAAGAUUUGAUUGUAAUUGGCGUAAGGUCAUAAGUGAU